GAAAGACGCAUAAUCGUCAUGCGUCUCAUUAAAAAGAGACGCAUGAGUGUCAUGCGUCUCUCCCAAAUCAGGAAAAAAAAACGCUAGAACAAACGAGGAAGCUAAGUUCUAUUUUAGAACAAAAAUAGAAAAAACCCAAAAAAAUGAAGACCGAUAGUUUGUUUACCAAAACAUUCCUGCCAUGGACGACGAAUCAAGGGCACCCUUGUUCAAUCUCCACCCAGUCGCCGGCGCCGGGAACCUUCUUCCUACCACCGACGAGGCUUCAUCUUCUACAGGUAGAUCGGUGCGGAUCGAAUGGCCCACGAUCGACGGUCAUCUCGGCCUCUCUCAUGAAGAAUCGCUAACCUACGCCCGCAGAUUCUUCAAAUUGGGGUUUUUUUGCCUGCCUUUCCUAUGGGCGGUUAGUUGCUUCUACUUCUGGCCUGUCCUCCGCCACCCCCAUUCUCAUCAAUCUCACCCGCGCCUCCGCCGUUAUCUUGUUGGAUCAGCAAUUGGUUUCCUCCUUUUCACAACAAUUCUUUCUUCAUGGGCUCUUACCUUUGUCAUUGGAGGGGAGCGUCUGUUUGGCCAUGUUUGGGGGGAGUUGGUAAUGUACAAUGUGGCAGAAAAAUAUGGCUUAGCUGGAUGGAUCUAGAUGUAAUUACAUGUUUUUUGUUUAUCUACAUAAACAAAACGGAUUUAUGUUUCUGGGAGGAUUUGAGAUUCUAAAUGCAAUUGCUACAUUUUGAUUCAUAAGCAACUUGCCUUAUUA